UAUAUGACUGUGGGUUAAAAAAAAAAUCUUAUAAAUGUUUAAUGUGUCUCAUUUUUAAUCAGCUUUGUUCUAAAAAAUUUUGUAAGUUUUUUUUUGUUGUUGUUAAAAAGUUGCUUUUUCCCCCCCACUGUGCACAGGUUAAAUUAUUUAGAGAUCAGAAAAUCUAAGCAACUGCUUCUUUAUUGCUCGACUGAAGAUUUGGGCAACUUAAUUCUGUUAAAGUUGCUCUGGGACGGAGAGCUCAGAUGCUUCUGCAGUGUUCUUUUGGCUGCGAUUCUUGUGGUUCACCUGUAAUUAUCAAGCAUUCAUCAUCUCAACACCACUGUGGUUCCCUUUUAAUACUUAGUCUACCUUGUACUUGAACUUGAAAGGACAAGAAUGAAUGAGCUUACUGUUAGGAGAGUUGACUUGGCUUGACUUGGUCUAUAUAAUUUAUACCACCGGCUCACGUACCUAUCGAGUUGCAGGUGUGACAAUCAGCGGCAUUCAUUGCCUUGCUUAUGUGCUGCUCGACUCCUCCUCAUCUCUCCUCUUCUCGCUGCUAUUGGCUCAGCUGCCCGUGUUCACGUCUGCCUCUCCGGUGCCACAGCGGCGACCCAGUGACUUGGAUAAACUGUCCAAUCAGACCAAAAAUCUAAUGAAACUCACCACAGAACUGCUGAAGGAGCAUGCAUUUGACUCAGAAGUGGAGCCCCACAGGUUCAAGUCUCUGCCAGAAAUGAGCAACAGAUCAGCCCAUGACCUCAACAAUCUUGAGCUGAAGCCCACACUCUCACAGCUUCAUUCCGACCUGAAGCUGUACGAGCACCACUUUGAGUGGCUCAACAGAGUGUCGAAGAAGCACCACCACCCUGCAGUGCCCAAGCUGGUGGAGAUGAUCAGAGAGAUGAAAUCUCUCAUCACUCUGCUGCACCGUCAGAUGCUGAGAGUUGAAGCACCAAGGCUCAGUCCGGCGACCCCCUCCCUCCCCCCUCACCUCCCCUAUCAGUUUGAUGUCCUGCAGUCCACCAAUGAGCUUCUUCAACACUUCAAGCUCUUCUGUGACUGGGCGUACAGAGCCUUCCUCAGCCUUAAGCCCAAGGUCACUGCAGUCCAAUGAUGAUACAGAAAGUAAAAGGGGGCUGCAGAGGCAGUGAGAAUACAUGGACUUCCGUCCCCAUCAAAAGGGAAACAAGACCAUGUCAGUGUGCACUGUAGUUGAUAGUGCAUACCUAAAGAGGCCCAAAUAUCAACCUGUGUGUCAGCAUGUGUGUUGAGGAAUGUGUCUUUCCAUCAGAGCCAUUGAGGAUGCACCACAAUGCAGCCAGUUACAACCAUCGAUUCCAGCUCAAGUUCCAGUUUAACUCCAAUGUUUAUGUCAAGAAACCGUCAUGUCAUGACCGUGUUAUUUAUGUAUUUAUUUAUUUAUUGAAUGUUAGUUAUUUAUUUAAUUUUUAUUUAUUUAUCUUAUUUCUGUACUAACGUGAACUCAUUUGCCCACAUUUCUGUAAUCUUUCCCUUUCUCUUGUGUCUCACUGAACCCAAAAACAAAAACAAAAAACAAAAAACAAACACUGUAGCACUUCCUGAACUGAUAGCUCUGAUAAUGAAAUUUGUAUAAAUCAGCUUAAUUUACUUUUACAUUUUUAUUUUUCUUCAGAUGAUAAUUCUUCCAGUAGAUGUAGCAUGCAUUUGGGGCAGCCUAGGCCUUCACUAUUCCUUAUUUAUAGGGCCCUUAAAGUAUAUGUUUCAAAAGCUCAUAAUGUCAUCUCCAGCCAUGGUAAAAUAUUCCACAUGACACAUUAAUUUAUCAAUUCCUUAUCAAAUUCAUUUUACUUUAUUUCUUCCAUGUUAGGAUGGUAUUUGAAGAAAAGCGAAUCCUUUCUUUCGUACCACAGUCACAUUUGUGUUUUCAGUGCCUGCUUCCCUUGUGUUCUGCACGAGGAGGCGUAGUUAACAUUGUGGUAAAGUCAUAUGAAUGUGCCCUGUUGCUAAGCACUGAUGAUUCUGAUUAGAUUCUUUGCACAAACUUGUCGGGAUUGGCCCUUCCUAAGAGUGGGAUGGCUGAUUUUGAACCUGUGCUUUGGUGUAGAAAAGUUUGGGGAUUUUUUUGUUUUUGUUUUUAGUUAAACACCCAAAGCCUUAAAAUACUAUGUAUUGUGACACUAUGUUCUGUACAGGUGUACAUAAAUGUACAAGAAUGUAAAUGUUGUAUACAGUGCUUUUGUGUAUUAUGUCGUUUUCUACAACAUACUGUAGAUGACCAAUUUUAUCACUAUAAUUUUUAUUCAUUCCUAUUCUAGUAUUUGUUACAGUAUUGACUAUUUAUUUAAGUAACUUGGUGGAACUAUUUAUUUUGUGCUGCAGUGGAGCAAGUCUCCUGUCCUUUUGUACUUUUAUACAGUUUUUAUUCUUAUUCGCUAUUAUUAUACCAUCACGUUUAAAUUAUUGUUGUAACAUCAAAAUGCCUCUUACACACACUAAUUGGCCUCAAUGUGAAAUAUGUGCCUUGGUGAAAUAAAAACUUCAGAAUGUGCACACUGGUUUUUGUGUGUCUUUAAAUAUGCGUGGCCUACUACCACACCUGUAAUAUGAACUGUGUGACAGAUGGACGUUUUUUGAGGGGGUGCACACUCAGAAACUACAUUACCCAACAGUCUGUGCAGAAGAGUCGAGGCAAAAACUGAUAAAUGUUGAGCUCGAAUGUGAAAAAAGCUUUUAGAUUAAUUUGGAGCAUCUUGGAGUAUGGAUCCUUUCCUAAUAACUAGCUUACGCCAAAUUUUGAUUUU